CACCAUUUGAAUUUGGUCUCGUUCGACAGGACCAGUCGACGUUGUUUGUUUGGUAGAUUAGUUUUAAAUUAGUUUGGUACAUUACAACGCAGGACCUUGCAGGAGGAGAGAUUCGCUGUCUUGUUUUUGGGGGGUUGAAUUUCCCUUUUCCGAAAACAUGACAAACCUGGGUGUUAAGGCCCUUCUCAGCUGGGUCAACACCAUCAAGUUUUCGGACCAGGAACACAUAACCAUCAAUGAUUUACAGGAUGGGGUUGUCCUAGUUAAGCUGAUUUUUAUCCUGAGAAAGGAACCAAAUUCCACUCCCAGUAAUUCCUUGGAUGAUAGAUUCAGACUCAUAGCUGAGUUUUUAGAAAGGGAUUGCAAAUUAUGUCCAAUCAAAGGCAGUUCUGUGUUUUUGGAUAACAUUCGAUCUUGUAACAACCUCACAGUGGAAAUUGCAAAGGUGCUUUUGUUACUUCUCUACCAUGAUAUGAUGAAUGACCGCUGCACUUUGAACAUGUUGGAAUCUGAGGUGGAGCGAGAACUGGCAAACAUGGCUUUGCUUGUGAUGGAGAGUGAGGGCUUUGUUUAUCUGAGCAGCAAAGUGGAUUCUUACUUUGCGAGGAGAUGUCUUUCUGUUUCCCGGGAAAUCUUUGAACAGUCAUCAACAAUGAGUUCCUCCCCCAGUGUGUCUACUGUUUCUUCAUUCUCAGACGAUGAAUCCCCUAUCUUUCAUCGUACACGUAAAGUCAACUUUGUGGAUGUGGAAACUGUCGCUUCUUCCUCAGUCAGCCAGUCACCCCUGGCAGAUAUUAUGAACACACCUAAAUUUCAGAUGAGGAAAAUGCAAAGAGAGAUGAUUAAGGAGAGAGAUUACAAAGAUGAUUUGGAAAAGGAGUUGGCUAAUAAGCUUGCAGUGAUCGCACAGAGAGAAUCUCGUAUCAUUCAGCUGCAGUAUGACCUGGAAAAGCUUAAAAAAGAGCAGUUUGAUCAGGAGCAGGUCAUCGGAGAUCAAAUCGCCAAGCUUGAGACUAAGAACGACAAGUUGAAAUCGCGUUUUGAUGAAAUGCUGAAUGAAAAUAAAGAGCUCAAGACUACGUCCUCACAUAUGGAGCGGAAAGUAGAUGAACUUGAAGAAGAAAAUGGUGCACUCUCCUCUCAGGUGAGAGCGGUAUCUUCCCAGCUAAGUGUAUUUGAAACUGAAGUUGGAAGACUCACGGAAAUGCAAGCAGGAGCUGAGAAGGAGUGGAGGAUCAAAUCAAGCAGUCUUCAAUCCGAACUCGAUCAAACAACUGCCCUAAAGGAACUCCUGACUGAAAGAAUUCAGAUCCUGGAAGGAAAAAUUUCCUGCCUCGAGGAUGAAAUAAGCAAGGCAGCGAAAGAGGAAGUUGGCGAAAAUAUGGGUCCUGUGAUGGAGGUGAUUCAUAUUGAGAAGUUAGAGAUGGAAAUAAACUGUCUGAAGAAUGAUCUUGAGAGCAAUGACGAGCUGAUUCAAACAAAGGAUGAGUUAAUAAAUACAUUGCAAAGGGAUAUAGCUAAAGAGAGAGUGGUUGUUCAGGAGGAGAUACGGGAACUCAAACUGCAACUUGAGCUUUUGGAGCAUCAGAAAACUGAGCAGGUAACCACACUGCAACAGCAUAUCUCUGCUUGUGAACAAGAGAUCAAAACACUAAGGGAGGAGAAGAAAGAAAGAGAAGGCCUUUUACAUCAGACAGAAGAAAAGGUGAAGGCUCUUGAGACGAAGCUAGCUGCUGCUACUUCUCUGUUAACUGAUAAAGAGCAACAGAUUAACAAUCUCAAAGGAGAAAUGGAAAUUCUUACAGAUGAAAAGGAAAAAAACAAAGAUGAAAUUCAAGCCAAAGAAGAAGCACUUUCCAAAUUACUGCUCCAGAAAUCUAAUGAACAACAAGUUCUUUCCAAUAAAAUCCAGGCUUUAACAGUCCAUGUGGAAGACGUUAGCUUAUCUCUAAAGCAGGCGGAGCAGGAAAUUCAAAAUAAGCAAACUCUCCUGGCUAAAUCCCAACAAGACCAUGCCCAACAAAGCAAUGAGCUUGAACAACAGAUUUUACACUUGGAGGAAGAGGUACACAAACUUAACGCAGAGAUGCAGGAAAAAAACAAGCAGCUGGUUUUGCUGAAGGACACCAGCAUUGAACAAUCUGAAUCUUUUCAGCAAGAGAUUAAAAGUCUAAAAGCCCAGCUAGAAAAUCUCAAUGAGUCUUUGAAAAAGGCUGAAGAGCAAGUUCUAUCUCGGCAGUCGAUGCUUACAAAGCAGCAGGAACAAAGUUCUUACCAAACAGAGCUUCUGCAACAACAACUGUCAACUUCUGAGGAGGAGGUCAAGAACCUGAGGAAAGACAUGCAGGCUAAAGAGGAACAGAUGAAGUUGUUGCAAAUUGAAAGUUCAGAUCAAGCAGAACGACAGCAUCAAGAGAUCCACGAUUUAAAGAAACAAACCGAGUUGCUCAGCUCAUCACUAAAGGCAGCUGAGGAGACUGUACAGUCCAAGGAAAAUCUAUUGGUAGAGCAUAAACUACAGAGCACUCAUCACACGAAGGAGCUCCAGAUGGAGAAGGUAGCAUCUCAGGAUGAAGUGCGGAAGCUUAAUUCAGAGAUUAAUGCUAAGGAGGAACAAUUGUUGCAGCUGAAGACUGAGACCUCUGCGCACACUGAAUUGCUGAAGCAAGAGAUAGAAACUCUUAACAUGCAGAUGAAAAGUUUAAGUGAUUCUCAUGAGAUGGCUAAAAAAAAGGACUGUGCAAUUCUUAAAGAGGAGGUUAAUAACCUGAAGCAGGAAAUCCAAACUAAAGAGCUUGAACUAAGUAAAUCAAAGUCUGAGGCCUGCAAAGAGUCAGAGGGCCUAAAGAGUGAGAUUCAAACUUUGAGGGAUGACGUACAGUCUUUGAGUGAAUCACUCAGCUCCGCAACUGAGCAGGUGCAAGCUAAAGAAAACCUGCUUGCUCAAAAGGAAAUGGAAAUGUCCCAGAGUAAAGAUGCAUUUCAGAACACAGUAAAGGAUUCUGAAGAGGAAAUGGAAAGGCUUAGAGAACAGAUCAAGGUGAAGGAAGAGCACUUGGUUGCCUCAAAGGAAGAGGGAUCCAGACAUUCUGACACGCUACAGCAAGAGAUCAAAAGUCUAAAACACCAACUGGAUGAUAUGGUUGACUGUCUGAAAAAGGCUGAGGAGAAAGUUCAGGCUCAGCAAGUAAUGCUAAGCGAACAGGGGCAGGACACUGCCCAUCAGGUCGAGCAUUUGGAGCAGAAAUUGACUGCUUCGGAAGAGAUGUUAGGAAAUAUGAAGGAGGAGAUCACGGCUAAAGAUGAACAGAUGAGCUUGUUAAAAAGUCAAAAUUCAGAGCAAGCAGAACAACUACAAAAAGAUGUUCAAUGUUUGAAUGAACAGAUUGAGUCUAUUCGCUCCUCAUUGAGGAAAACUGAGGAGGAUUUACAGUCCAAGGAAAAUCUGUUAGCAGAGCAGAAACUACAAAGGACUCAUGAGUUGGAGGAACUCCAGGUGCAGAUGGUAGCUUCACAAGAUGAAGUGAAGAGGCUUAAUGCACAUAUUAAUACUAAGGAGGAGGCGCUGGUUCAGUUGACAACAGAGACAUCUGCACAUACUGGAUUGCUGCAACAGGAAAUUGAAGAUCUGAAGAUUCAAUCAAAAAGUUUAAGCACUAAUCUUGAGAUGGCUGAGAACCAGGCUAAAGCGAAGGAAGACUUGCUAGCUAAGCAGGAACAGGAGAGCGCUUUAAAAAUUGAGGAACUUGAAAAGCACAGCAAAGUUCUUGAGGAAGAAAUGAAACACCUGAAGAGAGACAUUCAAAUUAAAGAGAGUGAUGUGAAUCUUUUGAAAGCCAAUGGCUGCAAGGAGUCAGAGGUCCUGCAUUGUGAGAUCAAAACUCUCAGGGAGCAAGUGCAAUGUUUGAGUGAGUCUCUACAAGCUACAACAGAUGAGGUUCAAAAUAAGGAAAAACAAGUUGCUCAGAGGGAAAUGGAGAUUUCUCAGGAGAAGGACAAAUUUGAGAAUAAGAUAACAACCUCUGAAGGGGAAAUCACAAGGCUUAGAGAGGAGAUCCACAUUAAAGAGGAGCAGUUAAUCACCCUAAAGCAAGAGGGAUCCACACAAUCUGACAUGCUACAGCAAGAGACCAGUAGUUUGAAAAAACAGCUGGAGGAAAUGGGCAACUCUCUUGAACAGGCUAAAGAAAAGAUUCUGAAUCAAUCUGCCACCUUUAACAAACAGGAGCAGGACAGUGCUCAUCAGAUACAGCUUCUGAAGAGAGACAUUCAAAUUAAAGAGAGUGAUGUGAAUCUUUUGAAAGCCAAUGGCUGCAAGGAGUCAGAGGUCCUGCAUUGUGAGAUCAAAACUCUCAGGGAGCAAGUGCAAUGUUUGAGUGAGUCUCUACAAGCUACAACAGAGGAGGUUCAAAAUAAAGAAAAACAAGUUGCUCAGAGGGAAAUGGAGAUUUCUCAGGAGAAGGACAAAUUUGAGAAUAAGAUAACAACCUCUGAAGGGGAAAUCACAAGGCUUAGAGAGGAGAUCCACAUUAAGGAGGAGCAGUUAAUCACCCUAAAGCAAGAGGGAUCCACACAAUCUGACAUGCUACAGCAAGAGACCAGUAGUUUGAAAAAACAGCUGGAGGAAAUGGGCAACUCUCUGGAACAGGCUAAAGAAAAGAUUCUGAAUCAAUCUGCCACCUUUAACAAACAGGAGCAGGACAGUGCUCAUCAGAUACAGCUUCUGCAGCAACAGCUGUCUUCCUCUGGGGAAGAAGUACAGAGGAUGAAAAGUGAUAUUCAAGCCAAAGAAGAACAGCUGGUUUUGCUGAAGACGGAAAGAUCAGAGCAAUCGGAGUUGUUGCGUCUAGAGAUAGAAAGUUUAAAUAAACAAGUUGAGACUCAUAGCUUCUCGCUGAAGAAGGCUGAAGCUGAAAGUCGGUCUAAGGAGCAGCUGCUGUUUCAACAACAGGAAGAAAAUGCUCAACAAAGACUGGUACUCCAAAGCUUACAGGACAAAGUCCAUGAAUUGGAAGCGCUACAGAAACAAAUUCCUUCCAACGAAGAAGAGAUUCAAAAGCUUAACAAAUCUCAAAAUGAGAAAGCAAAACUCCUUCUUGAAGCUGAACAGAAACUUCACAGCCUCCAGACAGAGCUGUCGGGUGUAAAAGCACUCAUUGAUGAUAAAGACUUAAAACUUGAUGCCCUUAAAGCUGUGCUGCAGCAACAGCUGGAAACCUUGAAAAUGGAGCAGGAAAAACUGAUGAAAGAGAGAGAAAAGGCAAGAGAAGACGAGCUGGUAAAGAAAGACCUGCAUGAACAGCUUGCAGCUAAAACAGAGGCUGCAGAACACUACAAGGCUCAGAUGGAGAAAGCUGGAAGUUACUAUAACAACAAGAAACAGCUUCUCCAGCAAAGUCAAGAGGAAAUGAUGGAGCUCAAGCAUUCAUUAGAGAUGAAAGACCGAGAAGUGAAGACCAUAACCAUGGAAAACCAGUCACUUCAACUUGAUUUAGACAAAUUCCAAACUAAUGAAAAGACACUUUUGACCAAGGUGGCCAGUCUGGAGACACAGCUGGCUUACGCUGACCAAACCCUGCGAGCACAGAAUAAGAUUCAUAACAAUGGAAGCAGUGAAUCGACACGCUUCCUGGCGGUUCCCGACGCACAUUCGGGUGUUUUUACUAGAGCACAGUCCAAGAGGUCCAUGAGCUCUGACAGUCUGGACCGUCUGGACCGCAGUUCUAUGGAAGACUCUCUGAACGACACAAGGAAACUGUCGGCACCUGAUGAAUCAAGCACACCACUUGUUCGCAGUUCCGAACGUUUGGCAGCGAAGCGACAGUAUCGGCAGGACGCGUCUCUGGAAACAUUGUAUUUUACCCCUAUUAACACCCGCCAGAUUAAAAGGAACAGAGCAGGGUGUGAUGUGGAGCUGGACUCUGCACACACAAAUCCAACUUCAUCCGUCAAGCGACGCAGAACUACACAGGUUAUAAACAUCACCAUGACUAAGAAAACCCCAGGCUGUAAAGAAGGUGAUGAGACUUUCUACAGCCUAUCUUCGGCCCGCUCCCAACCAAAUCUCUCCUCGACACGACCCGUGACUAUGGAGCUUUUUAGCACACCAGUCAGUAAGACCAACGCUGCCAGCGACCAGCUCAUUGGUCUUCCAGGGUACAGACGGAGCACAGUGCUUUCACAGAAUGCUGGAACAUUCUGUGUGGGAUCAGAGAAUGAACCUGAUAGUGGAAUUGAGGAUUGGCAGAGGAUCGCAGAAAUCCAGGCCAGGAACAAAUUCUGCUUACCUCAUUUAAAGAGCAGCUACCCUGUGGAGUGUGAGACGAGGCGUGGUGGGACAUACAUGUUCACGGAUGAAGAUCUGCGCUCAGGUGACCCAUCUGAAACAAUCCGACGGGCAUCCCUAAUGCCAGGCCAGCUACAAGACUCCCUCACCUCCCAUCGCCACUCCUACAUGUUGGGUCAGGCAGGGGUUGCGGCUGGUUCUCACCGGCUGUCCUUGAUGCCAGGCCAGCUUCCAUCAAAAACUGGCAGCUUGUCACAGCUGAAGAGUCCAAAAAGGACAAGGCAGUCCUCAUCAACAAUGUCUCUACAUCAAACUUCACCUGAGAAAAAGAUGAAGGCCAGCUGCUUUCCUCGUCCACUCACUCCCAAACAAAGAAACAUCAGCAGUGGAUCUUCAAACUCUCAUCUCCCCCCUGUCCUCAGUCCUGCUGAACGGAGGCAGUCGAUGAUGUUCUCAAUUGAAAACACCCCCAAGAACAACAAUUUUUUAAAGAAAAGCCUGAACAAACUGCGCAGCUCUACUCGAAAAUCCCCAGGCCGGAGUUGUAAGAAGUCACCUGCACAGACGAGUGCGCGCAGGGGCCAGGAAAACACGACUUCGGUGUCUUAUCGAGCUGGAGUGGGACGAACUGGAAAAGCCGGCAGCUUUAAAUCACCAACGGUUGUAACCAAAGGGCUUGGGAAAUCUCAAGCCACCAGCAGGUCUGCAAAGUCACCUGGUCCAACAGCUAAUGCCCGCAAGAUGACGAGCAGGUUUCAAUUUUAAAGCCGGGUUUCCAGUUUAAGAAGAUUUAAAAAAAAAAAAAAAUCUUUUUUUUAAAGCUCUUUCUUUUAAGCUUUAAUAUUUUUCCAUUUGUCUGUCAAUAAAGAUGUAAAUAAAU